AAUAUUUAAUGAUCCUCUUUGGAGGGAAUGAAAAAACCCAUCACAACCGGAUGUAUAGUGAGAAAAAAUACGUGACGAGAUGUACAGUAUUAACAGAAUAUUGUUAAUGUUUUUUUCCAGUAGUAUAAUGUUUGCCAUUUUAUCUCGCUUCCGGAUCGUUUAUUACCUUGUUUUCUUGUUUUUUCUUUCGUAAUAGUAAUUGUCAAGUUUUGGCAGCAUAUAUGUGCGUGUUUGCGUAUCAGUCUUUCCAACAAUAACUUUGCAAUGCCAUUAGUAGUGGUAGUAAUAGUAAUAGUAAUAGUAAUAGUAGCUUACUAUGUGGUUACUCCCGAUGUAAAAGCAGAUUUAGAAUUCCUAUUUUGUCCCUCUAGAGGUCACCCUCCGCCACGAAGCGCAGGGGUCGCCCUGAGCUCACUCUAUCUCUCGCCCGCUUACGCUCCUACGUUUUGUCUUCUGCCUCCCUCCCCCCCUACGAAGGGCAGCCCCUUGAGAGAUGAAGGGCGGCGGAGGCUGCAUCUUCCAACGUCAUCUAGGGCGCCUCUGCUGCUCUCUCCGCGGGCGAGGAGGCAGCGGGCGACGGAAGCGGGAGGGCGUGGCGGCGCGGCCCAGCUGACGGCGUCGGUGCCUCGCGUGCAGUGGCCUUGCUCUGCCUUUGGCUCAGCCGCACCCCGACGGAGAUGGAUGCAGAAAGGCGCAUCCUCCAGAAGUGCCCGUCUUGCAGCUCUUGCAUCCACCUCGUCGCCCGCCAGUGCCAAGCAACCGCAUGGCACGUGAGUGUCAAUCGAGACGUUGCUUCUUUUCCCCCACCUCGCCGGCCAUUACCCCCCUUUUCUGCGAAGAAUCGUCUUCUCUCUGUCUAUUUACUACAUUCUCAUCCUUAUCCAAACUGGCCGAGGAACCCAAAGCUCACUCUCAGACCAGUCACAGCAGCAGACAAAAUUACAGUGGUAAUCAGAGCACGCAACAGCCUAAUGGACCACCCACCGCCACAACCACCAGCACCUCCAAUUUCCGCUGCCGUCGGCCACUCUCCAACCUUCCCUCGGGGGUGCUUCCCCUCUCGACAGAUAUUGUGAACCAAGUGCGACCCCGAGCCAACAGGAUGAUCCAGGAGGGAGGGAAGAAGGUGAACCGCGCACUCCAGGGAGUCAGGACUUCAUUGUCGUCCUUCACGCAGAUGUUCCGCAACUCAACACACCGCAGGUACAAGCUGGAUGCAAGGACGCCCACCCACACCCCAAAGCACAGUUCGAACCACACCCCAAGAAAGACCCCAGGCAAGCUCUACUCGCCCUUCAACGUGACCACGCCAGUCACACCCCACAGCUACUUCAAGGCUCCCAAACGUCUCCAAAACGGCACUCCAAGAAGGAAUGCCCAAGGAAACGAGAAUCUUCCCCGAGCCAUCACACCCCAGGCCAACAGAGCCCCCUUAGUUAGUCCCAGCCAGUGGACGCAGUUUCACUCUCCGUCACAGAAGUUUGACCGCGACGUCUUGGCCAUGCGGAGUGGAAUUCAGGACUUGGAGUGUGUGACAACAAGAAUACUGAGGAAUGGAAAAUUGCAUUAAGAUAAUCAUGCUUUUUUUUCUUUUUUUUUUAAACAAAAUUUGUUUGGUUUGUAUGUUUGCCAAAGGUCUAGGGAGCCAAAGUAAAUUGUGGCUUGUGAUAUCCAAGCACUGCAGUAUUAUAUCUGGAGAGAUUUAUUUUUUAAGUCAUGAGGAAUCUCAUUAUUUUAGGCACAUUUUCAUUAUAUUUUCUCUAAAUAUGAAAUGACAAGAAAUGUGGAUAAAGUCAGGAGGAGACUAGCAGUUCCUAAUCUUGUUAAUUAACUCCUGUUUAAAGACGUUCAUUUCAGUACUAUGUGAUUCAAUAAUCUUUAUACUGUGUGAAGAUUUGUUCACAAUUGGCUUGUAAUGAGCAACAUUUCCCACCGACCCUUGGAUUCUCCUGUGUAGGACUAUGGGUUUAGUUCUUUAUGUUAAUUUAUAUUUAUAUAUGUAUUUAUUUAGACAAGAGGAAAAGAGGAUAAGAAAGCAUUUGAACUUAAGGGGAACUGAUGAGAAUUCAGAAUGGCAAAGAUUUUUUUCUGCCUUUAUAUUUUAUAUACUUUUUAAACUGACAAAUUUUUUUUUUUAUUUUUUUUUUUUUUUUUUUUGUAUAUAUGCAAUACAUAUACAUGUUUAAAUAGGUGUAUAUAUACAUGUAGUAUAUAGGUAGAUAUAUAUAUAUAUACAUAUAUAACCUUGGGUAAAUGCAUGCAUAGAAUCAUGCACACUAAACUGUAUGAAAUUAUUAUAUGCAGAUAGUGUGUUUAGUAAUGACUUUUUUUCUCUUUUUCUCUCUUCUUUCCAAUAUAUGCAUGCUAUGAUUUCAAUUCACUUGAAAUUGCAUAUAUUUGAUAUGCAGCUAUAUUCCGCCUUACACGAGGCUUUGUUUAUAAUUUCUCAUUGUGACAAUGUAAAAUGAAUUUCAUUAUAUUAAUUAUUUGAAUUCAUAUUUUAUUUAAGUUAUUGCUUCAUUUCCAGAAGUCUAUUUUGUGAUAUUAUGUUACCAUGCGAUUUUUGCUCUCUAACAGUAUUACUGUGUUACCUGAGUAAUUACCUGAAUUAUGUUACUGUUUUUAGAAUAAUUUAUAUCUACUUAACCAAGUAACAUUAAUCCCAGCACUGUAACAUGUAUACUAACCUGAAAUAAACCACAGUGAUGUCUGUCUCAUAUUAUUGUGGCCAGGUUUCAUGUUUUUAAUCAUGAGGUCUUCCUGUGUUGACAAAAAUCUAAUUUUGUAGACAGUAAUGCUUUGGAAAUUCCAAAAAGUUUCAUUAUUUCAAAAUGACUAUCACCUGUGAAGUUCUUCCACUGUAUAAUACAUUAUUAUCAAUGUAGGCAGAUUUGUAGUUACAGGUAUAUUAAAACCUAGUGCAUAAAUGUAA